AAAAAAAAAAAAAAAAAAAAAAGAAAUAAAAAGAAAAAAAAAAAAACUAUUUAUAUCUAAUUAUUAUUACGAAAAUUAAAUAUUACAAUCACAACAAUAAUAAAUACAUUAUUUAAUAAUAAAAUUAAAAUAAUUUAUUAACAAAAAUAAGAUAUUUAUAAAUUGUUAAUUAAAAUCACAGAGAUUUAUCUAUAAUCUUAUUUUUGAAUUUGCAACAACCGCUGCUAUAAUAUCAUACCAAUAAUAUUUCUACAUUCAUAUACUUUUUUUUUAAAAAAAAUUCUCAAUCAACUUAAAAAUCAAAUUAAAAAAAAAAAUAAUUUAAUCUAUAUAAUAUUAAUAUUAAUUAAUUAAUAGCGCACAAGAUCUAUAUAUAAAAAAUUAAUUAUUAAUAAUAAUAAUAUAUAAUCAAUAAUAAAUAUAAAAAAUAUAUAACAAAACAUAUAACAGCUCCCCAAUAAUUAAAUAAUUUUUUUUUUAGAUAAAAAAAAAAUCUUUUAACAAAGCUUUUCAAUAAUCACUUUUAUUAAUAAAUAUAUUAAACAUGUCAGAAGCCUUGUUAAUGAAUCCAAUUCCAAAAUAUAAUAUAUCUCCACAAUUUCAAUCGGAUAGAAUUUAUAACGAAUCAAUGGACGACGAAUUUUCCGAUACCGAAUAUGAUUUAAGCCCAAAAGAUGAUGUUCCAUCACCAUCAAAGAGAGGCAGAAGUCAAAUUCAAAAUGGUAUAAGAAGAUCACCAAAUAAAUGGACAGAAGAAGAAGACCAAAAAUUAUUCCAAUUAGUAAAUAUUUAUGGUGAAAAGAAAUGGAAAAGAAUUUCAGCCGAAAUGGGUGGCCAAAAGACUGGAGCACAAUGUGCCCAACAUUGGAAGCGUGUGUUAUCACCAGAUAUUCGUAAGGGACCAUGGGAUGAAGAUGAAGAAGAACUUUUAUUAAGAUUAGUAAACCAACAUGGUAGCUCAUGGAAGAAAAUUGCCAAAAGAAUUUGUAAAAGAACUGAUAUUCAAUGCAGAUAUCAAUAUUUAAAGUCACUUCAAUCUAGAGAGGUUUCAUGGGUUCCAAAAGAAGAUGAUGUUUUAUUAAAGAAAGUUGAUGAAAUGGGUGAAAAUCUUUCAUGGCUCGAAGUUUCUGAAUACCUUGCAAAAUUAAAACAUACCAACACUCUUAGAACCGCUCUCGAAUGUAAAACAAGAUAUAAUCAAUUAACUGGUAAAGCAGGUAAUAUAUUACCACCAUUAAAUUCUAACUCACAAUAUCACAACCAACAAAUGUCGUACGGUCAUCCAAUGCAACACAUGAGUCAUCAUCAAAUGUCCCAUAUGGGUCAUCCAAUGCAAAUGAACCAUCACCAAAUGUCACAUAUGUCACAAAUGAAUCACCAUCAAAUGUCACAGAUGAAUCAUCACUCAUCAAAUAAAUCCCUCUCACCAUUAAGCAGUUUAAUUGAUUCAAAUAAUUCUUCACCAUCUUUCGAAAGUUGUAGUAGUGAAGAAACAAACCAUACACCACCAAAUAUUUUCAGACCAACUCCACACAAACCAACCAUUAAUAAUACAAUCUCAAACCUUACAAGCCCAUCAUCAUCACCAAUUCCAUCAUCACCAAUUCCCUCAUCACCACCAUCUUCUUCACUAUCAUCCCCAUGUAACAAUAAUAGUAACAGUAUUAAUAAUAACCAAAUCCACAGAAAUUCACCAGUUCCAACCCAUACAAUUAAAAACACCUUACCAUCAAUUUCAUAUAAUAAUAGUAACUUCAAUAAAAACAGUGCUUUCAGUAUAAAUAAUAUAAUCGAUUGUAAGAAAGAAGAAGAAGAAGAUAGUCAACCAGUAAUGAAAAAAGUUAGAAGUAAUGGCGAAUUUUAUUAUCAACCAAUAAAUAACAAUAACAAUAAUAUAAAAAAAUCAAUUUUAAAUAAUAGUAAUAAUUCAUUAUCAUGUAACAGUGAUAAUAGUAGCGAUGACGAUAUGUUACCAAAAAUUAAAAAGCAAAAUAUAAUUAAUAAUAACAAUAAUAACAAAAAUAUUUCUUUUAAUAAUACAACUUCACCAUUAUCUUCACCAUAUUCAUCUCCAAACCAUUCUUCAAUUGAAAAGUUAAAAGCGACCUCAUUUGACUUUUUUAAUCUCGAAUCAUUAGCAACUAUCGCUUCAAGUCAAUCCCAUCAUCACGAAUUGGUUAAUUAAAAAAAUAUAAUAAAAAUAUAAAACUUUUUU